AUGAUGAACUCGAUACCGGCAUGCAGGAAAUCUCCGUCCAGGAUAUCAUUAUACACAACAAUACGAGCCCUAUCCUCAGCCUCGAAUCCCAAUUCAAAGCGCGAACUCAAAGACCUCACGCCGUCCGACCUCUGCUACUACUGGGAUACAAGACCCCCCAAAGAUGAGCAACUAGCCUUCGCCGAUAAGGUCUUCACUCCGUCACGUCACUCACCACUCAAACUCUGGUCUGCGGCCAAGUUCCGCACGACACCAUUUGCAUCAGUCGAGCCCGAAGUCGCAUUCCUGGGCCGCUCAAAUGUCGGCAAGAGCUCACUACUGAACGCAAUAAUGGGGAAGGAGAUAUGCUGGACAUCAUCGAAACCGGGCCGGACAAGGGAAAUGAACGCGUUCGGGAUUGGAGGUACAAAGGGCGGCGAGUCGAAGGUUGUGCUGCUUGACAUGCCUGGAUACGGAAAGGCGAGUCGGUCCGAGUGGGGAGCGGAGAUUAUGAAGUAUCUCCAGGGACGGAAACAACUCCGUCGCGCAUUCCUUCUCAUCGACAGCACGCACGGAAUCAAGCAAACAGAUGCGGAGAUCCUCAGACUGUUCCGACACCACGCAAUCCCACACCAGAUCAUUCUAUCCAAGAUCGACAAGUUCCUCGUUAGGCAAUUCAAGCAGAUAAAGACCGGGGUCACGCCCGCCAAUAUCGAGCGGUUACAGCUUUUGCUCCAGGGUAUCAAACCCAUUGUACAGCCAGACCCACGGGCUUCGGAGGGGCCUGGGUCUUUGGGUGAGAUUUUGACUUGUAGUGCCGAGGCACGGAUUGGUCCUGGCCGGGCGCUGGGGAUCGAUGCUGUUCGUUGGUCGAUUUUGUCUGCUGCUGGGAUUGAUGGGAGCUUGCAGGAUAGCCGGCUCGCUAUACCGUCUGCCGCAGAGACGCCGGUCACUUUGUCGUGA